CCCUGAGACCAUACCGUAACCGCGCAUAUGUUAUAGACCUUCUUGCAGCUAACCUUUAUUCUUAUUGGAUGCCUUGGAGGCUGUUGGUAUCGCUCCACAAAUCUGCCCAACGGAGGCGGAGCGCCACGCUGGGCCUCACGGAUCCAGGGUCGGACCUUUUGCUGUGGGCGCCAGAUUACCUGGCCUUGCACGUCCCCAUACGACCGUGUUUUCUUCCGCCGGUGGGAACUUGGCGGGCCCUUUCGCUUUCCACGGCGUACCUUGGAGCCCUAGACCUUCUCCUGGACGAGUGAGCAGCGCCAACGAUGGCUUCCGAGGACGAUGAAUGGUACUAUGGGGAGGGACUUCGGGGUCACAGCAUCGAAAGCCAACCGACGGUCGAUCCGCGAGAGACCAUCGUCGCGGGGGCGUCCAGCGCAACCGUAGGCCUCACUGAUGAAACGGACCAGCACCAGGGCUCCACGCUGUGUGAUGAGACGGAGUGGCUCGGUGGGAACACGGGUCCGUAUUGGGAGGGGCACGCGGCGAUUCCUCCCGCAGAAGACGUCUCCCAGGCCAUGAUGGAGCCGAGCUCGCCCGAUAUCCGGACCCUGCCCGAAACGUCUUUUAACGCCCCGUUCGUCCCGGCAAAUUACGCCCCCAAUGCGGUGUACGACGAGGCCCAGACGGCCUCAGCGCAUAUUGAAAACCAAGUUACGCGCUCUUAGGCGGCGAGCUCGUUGCUGCAAUAUGUGGCGAGCCCACCCCAGACUACUCAGGUGUUGCAGUACGGUUUCUCUAUGUGUGCUGGGCUGUCCGCUGGACAGAUGUCAGCCGAAACUGAACUUUGCUUUCCAUCGACCGAGACGAACUUUCCUUCAACAAUGCUUGCAGACCAAGCGUCAAGCCCGAGU